UCCAACUAAUCCAAGUGGCAGUUCUCCUGUAUGUGCCUGUUUUCUUAUAGCUUACCCCUGGAUGAAUGCUAUCUCUUCCUUGGCCAGCUUGCCCUCUGCUAGAUGUGGGGAAUAUGGCUACCAUUUCACAUUUAUGGCCUCAAGGAGUCUGAGAGAGGAUCUGUUGUUUGCAUUUAUGUGGUAUAAGAGCACUAGUAAACCCUUACAGAUACUACUUGGAACAGGUUUACAGCUGAUUUUGUCAUCUUUUGGAAUCCUUAAGUCUCAAACUUGGAGACUCGAAAAUACAAAAACCACUCUCUAAAACAUCAGUACAUACCCAUGUAAUGUUUGGCUGUUUUGUUUAACAAUCAGCAGCUAAAAGAAAAGUAAAUGGAGCCCCCUUCUUCCCAAGUAAAUAAAACUCUCCAGGACAACUCAAAAUUAUAUGGCAAUUUUUUUUUUUCUUUCUUUAGGUUCCAGAAACAUGUCCAUAUAUGGUCUACUUGUCAGGGACAAUAAAUAAUGAUGUAAUAGAAAGGUCAGCUUUGUGUCACUUAGCUACAGGAUGCUUGAUGAAGUGAAGUUCUUCAGAUAAUGCAACAAAGAAGAACUUUAGGAUGGGUAAAAGUUUCUGUCGUGCAUCUUCAAGCAGGAAAUCUGAGAUUCAGAACAACUUAAAUUUUGGCUUGUAUUCACUGAUCAUGGGGUGAUCCAGAAAUAAACACCAGGCUUCAAAGCAAGACUGUUUCAAAGCUGUCCUGCAGUUGAUUGAAACACCCAGGCAAAGCAGGGAGAUGAAGACAAGGAAGGAUAUUCUGAAUUAAGACUUAAUCAAGAAGAUAACCCAUUUCAACAGUAUCAUUACCCUUUUAUUUCAGAACAAAAAGGUAAGCAAAAUAAACAGAAAAUGGCUGCAACGGCAGCAAACACUCAAAGACAAACUAUAGGCUGUGAGGAAUACAGUCUGUACAGCAGCCUGAGUGAAGACGAGCUCAUAAAGAUGGCCAUCCAGCAGAGCCUGGGAGAGGACCCCAUGCGUCAGCCAGACGCUCACCAGAAGUCAAUGGUGGCACGUCCCGGUGAGGCAGCUGCCCCCACCCACUCCAGCUGCCACAACCCAAACUACCACAUCUAUCCUUGGCAGAGACUGGCAGCCCAGCCGAGGGGCCAAGCUCAGCCAUCCAGCUCAGGGGCAGCCUGGGGAGUCAGGCGAAGGUACGACGGCAGCCUCUUCAGCACAUCCCAGCCCGUAGAACUUGACCCUGUAGUGGCAGCAAUCAAGAAUGGAGAUGAAAAAGCAGUAAGAAACAUGAUGAAAUCAGGAAAAGAUCUUUCUGAACCGAAUAAGGACGGCUGGAUACCCCUCCACGAAGCUGCAUACUAUGGCCAAGUGGGUUGCCUGAGCCUGUUGCAAAAAGCGUACCCCAGCACAAUCGACCAGCGCACCCUCAAUGAGGAGACGGCUCUCUACCUGGCCACCAGCCGGGGCAACCUGGACUGCUUGCUUACCCUGCUGCAGGCUGGGGCUGAGCCUGACAUCUCCAACAAGGCCAGAGAAACGCCACUCUACAAAGCUUGUGAGCGCAAGAAUGCAGAGGCUGCAAGACUUCUGGUACAGUACAAUGCUGACACCAACCAUCGCUGCAAUCGCGGAUGGACUGCUCUCCAUGAGGCUGUCUCCCGAAAUGACCUGGAGAUUAUUGAUAUACUUUUGAAAGGGGGUGCCAAGAUUGAGUCUGCAAAUGCCUAUGGGAUCACUUCUUUAUUUGUGGCAGCUGAGAGUGGGCAGUUGGAAGCUUUGAGAUACCUUGCAAAAUGUGGUGCUGAUAUAAAUACUCAAGCCAGCGAUAACGCCUCUGCUCUUUACGAAGCUUGUAAAAAUGGACACGUACAUAUUGUGGAGUUUCUUUUAUCCCAGGGAGCAGAUGCUAACAAAGCCAACAAGGAUGGCCUGUUACCUCUUCACAUAGCAGCCAAAAAAGGGAUUUGCAAGAUUGUCUCCAUGCUGAUCCCAGUGACCAGCCGCACCCGCAUCAAGCGUAGUGGUAUCAGCCCCUUGCAUUUAGCGGCCGAACGCAACAACGAUGACAUCUUGGAAGAGCUGAUCGAUGCUGGCUAUGAUGUUAACACUGCGCUGUCCAACGAACGGUCCUGCCUUUACGAAGACAGACGCACCACCCCCCUCUAUUUUGCUGUUUUUAACAACAAUAUCUACGCAACAGAGCUCCUGCUGCAAGCUGGAGCCAACCCCAAUGUUGACCUUAUUAACCCACUGCUCAUCUCCAUCCGCCAUGGCUGCCUGAAGACCAUGAAACUGCUCCUUGACCAUGGGGCAAACAUUGAUGCCUAUAUAUCAAGCCACCCCACCACAUUUCCAGCUACCAUCAUGUUUUCAAUGAAGUACCUAUCUGUGCUGAAGUAUCUGCUGGAUCUGGGCUGUGAUGCAGGUUCCUGUUUUGAGUGUCAGUAUGGAAAUGGCCCGCACCCUGCUUUAAAUUACAGACGGGACAGACUUAAUGAUCCUCAACUCUCCAAAGAGCCAACUGUAGUUCAGUUUUGUGAAAUGGUGUCUACUCCAGAGAUUAGUCGCUGGGCUGGGCCAAUCAUCGAUGUUCUUCUGGAUUAUGUGGGUAAUGUGCAGCUCUGUUCCCGGCUCAAGGAGCAUAUUGACAGUUAUGAGGACUGGGCUGUCAUUAAAGAAAAAGCAGAGCCCCCACGACCUCUUUCCCAUCUUUGCCGCAUCAAGGUACGAAGCCUGGUUGGAAGAAACCGCAUUAAACUUCUUAACACCUUGCCUCUCCCAGACAGACUGAUUCGAUACCUACAGCAUAAUUACACACAGUGACCCAAGGCACACUGGACAGACAGCGGCUUCCUGGCACGACACCCAGCAUCAUCAGCAUGGCAAGGGCACACAUUGUCCAUGGCAGGGAGGAAUUGCUGCUGGCUUUGUCAAUAGCCCUCCAACAACUAAUUGAAGACAAAUAGGCCUCUGAAGCAUGAGUGAGAAGAAAAUGAUGGAGACAGAGAACUAAACACAGGACUGCUGUUAGGUUUUCCAAGAGAAAACACAUGAUUCACCUCAAAGCUUGGUUUGCAGAAAAAAAGACAACCAACACUGAAAAACGAGUAGUGCUGAAGCAAGUAUCAGUGAAUUCAAAGGUAUUCUGGGGUUGUGGUGGAGCUUAGCAUCCCUGCUGUAAUCAAAAUUGAGAAAUUGUCAAGAGUCAACAUAUUGGGGAAAACAAACACAUUUCCUUCACCAACUGAGAUUUUAAUUUCAGUUUCUAUUCUACUGUUUGGAUUUCUGCUAGGUGUGCUGGUUGCUAAUUCUCUGAUACUUUGAUAUCAUCUUGGUAACACUUUUGCUUUCAUUUUUUGGACCUUUCUUAUUGAAUACCUGAUUUCUGAACAUUCAAAUCUCAGACUUUUAAUAGAAAUACAGAAAUGCUGGUUCCUAUAGAAGUCAAGGAAAGGUUUAUUUAAGAAGGAUGUAAGAACUGUAUUUGCACAUAGUGAAUACAGUUCAUUUUGCAUUACAUUUGCAGUGAGAAGAAAGUUAAAUUCUGCUUGAGAACAUUUUCUAGACUGGGGAUUUGAAGGCAAUUCUGGUAUUGUUUGUUUUGGGGGGAGGGUGGGAUAUAAAUUAGAAGUGCCUUCACUGUAAACAGUAGCUUUCCUUUGUCAUGGAUCUGGUGUCAGGACAGAGCAAAGCCCUAUGGGAACAGGAGCAGAAAGUGAUGUGAAGGAGAGAGGUGAGGUAUGGAGGGAGAUGCAACACUGAUAAACCAAUUUUAUCUGUUCCUUCUCUAGGAGAUCUUGUUCCCUACAAGGCCCAGCCUCUGUUACUCCUUGGACCUCUAGCUAUAACAAUACCAUCACUGGAAGAGAGAUUAUUUCAAAAUUAUGGAAAUCAGACUGAGAUUUAUGAAAACAAAUACCCAGAAUUAGGCUUCCAAAUCCUUAUUCAGGUGCCUAAACAAUGUCAAGUUGCUUGCACCAGGUGUAGUUCCACUAAGCCAAUGGGAUCACUUUUGGUGUCAGAUAUUACUGAGGCAGAAUAAAUGUCUUAGUAUUUAGCUCUGAAUUUCCUGAAUUUAGAGGUUUGAAGUAUCUAUCAGAUCCCUUUGACACUGAAAGUUAGUAUCUCAGCUUCUUUGAAAAUUAGGUCACCUAUUUCCAGCUCAGAUCUACAGCUGAUUUAUGGCAGCUUAACAAGUUACCAUUUAUCAGCUGAACCACUAUAAUUGUCCGUGAAAUUCUUUUAGUGAAGUUCUUAACAAGUCACAUUCCCUCACAGCUGGGGAGGCCAAAAAGCCCACGAACAGUUAUUGGAAGUGACUACAGCUCAGUUGACAGGUGUGACUUGCUGAACUGAUUUGAUGAGUGCCUUAUUUUUCACUAGGCACCUAAAUAAGGAUAGAAAA